CCAGAGUAAAAGUUCAGUUUCUAUUUUGAAGCCGUCGAAUUGUGAUGAUAUUUGUAUUCUCAUCUAAGACGAUUACAUAGAAAACGAAACCUCUUUUACAUUAGAACGUUAACCACAAAAAACUAAAGGGAUACCUAAUUUUGUGAUGUUUGACUCUAAUUGCUGAAUUGUAAUGAAUCUACACAUCUGGUUCCCAGGAUCAAAUGCAAAAAACCAGAUUUUUUUUCAGGAGAUUGGCCUUCUUAAAGAACCAGAAAGAUGAUUCUGCCUGCGCUGAUUCUGAUCUUCUCCGUCAUAGAAGCUUCAAAUACCGGCGAAAAACUACGUAAAACCACCUUCAAAGAUGUCACUAAGACGCGCGAAUUCAUUGACAAAUCCCUGCUGAUCAAGUUCAUUCUGGAAAACCACUGGCAUAUCUACAUCGUGGCGCCUCCAGGGUUCGGCAGAACCACAAACUUGCGGAUGCUCCAGGAGUUCUUUUCCGUGGAGGUGGACUCAAACGGAUUCUUCAUCAACGCGAAAAAGAUCCUACAAAGUGACGAAAACUUCCAGGAUAUCUUAAAGAAACGUAUUGGCCCUCGGAACACCUCAACAAAACGUGUAACUUUCGAAACUGCCACCAAAAGCAGAUCUGCCCAUGUGAAUGACAGGGAGCCUUUGAGCGCCUCCAUAAACUCUUUGACGAACUAUGAUACCUUCUCGAAGCCGCGCCUUAGAAUACUGAAAGAAGCACCGGAGUUGUUCGAGACCCAUUUCGCUCGUCAUCCAGUCCUCUUCAUGGAUUUUGGAAAACUGUCCACAAAGUCCUACAACGCCUACGUGCGCACUUUUCAAAUAAUGAUCUCGAAGCUCUUCGAUCAGUUUAAAUACUUGUUGAAAAGUCACAGGCUGACCAAAGGCAAUAAGGAUGAAUAUUUCCGCUUCCGUGACCAAGUUAUGAAACUGGGUUUAGACGAGGUCACACACGGAGGAGAGAAACUGACUCAACUCUUGUCAGCACAUCAUCACCGAAAAGCGAUAGUUUUAGUGGACAACUUUGACAAACCCAUUUGCGAGGCCCUUUUGGCGCCACAUCUUGACCUAAAAAGCUACAGGGGUAUUGUGUGGAGUAUUUCCCGGAUGAUCAAUGGGCUGGUAAAAAGUAGGUUUGUCCAUCGUACAGUGGUGACAGGCAGUCUCCGAAUCGAAAUUACAGAUGGAUUGAUGCAUUUUCCCAUCUUUGAUAACGAAUCUUUACAUCGGUAUUACGGCCUCACUGAUUAUGAUGUUUUAGAACUUGCUAAGCGCUCUGGACUGACGAAUAUCGCAAACAUCAGGAAGUGGUACGGUGGCUACAAAACAGCGAGCAAGGGUCAUGAUAUCUACAACACACUCUCAACAAUAAGCUACUUCCAGACAGGUGUGCUCAAGCCUUACCGAUUUGAGUUCAUUAAGUUCAAAUCCUUAAAAACCCUUCUAGCUUUUACAAAAUUAGGUCAAGACGUGGAAGAUGCUUUUGAAGACAAAACGCGGCUCCUUAUGCGACCGCAGAUUCCGCAGAAUCUUUUCGACCUACUGCGACGAACGAUAUUUUCCUCCAAUCAAACCGUCCUCCAUAGGAACCUGGUCUUGCAGAUUCUUCUCGACCGGGGAUUUUAUACCAUUCAAGAUGGAAAUAGACUCCACGUGCCGAACUUUGAAGCAACGCUAGACAUAAAAAACUUAAUCUUUGACCGAGGAUACUACAUCAACAAACUCAACAUCCCUGGCCAGAUCAUUGACAACUUUGUGGAGAGCAUCGAACGCCUGACUGGAGAGAAAACGUCUUUUGACAACUUUUUCGCAGCGGUCACGGAACUCUUCAGAAACCGCCCGCCACAAGGUGCACAAGAACUGGCGCACACCUUGGUCACUUUAGUGGCGGACGCUCGCAAGUUUAGCUUGAUACGCGGUCAGGAAACUCCGGAAUAUGACCGGCAGGAUGUCCUCGUGAAGCCAUCUCCGGAAACGGGAAUUGUGAUCGGGAUCCUGGUUGGGUCGAUUGAUGAAGAGACGCUAAAACCUGUUUACCACAAAAGUUUAGAAGUGUUUCCAGACUGUAAAUUUCGGGUUGCGAUCUUGUUAGGUUUAAAACCGCACGGAACGAUCGGAGAUCUUGACAUUUUGUACGAGUUUGACAAUCGAACUGUUACAAUGGACACAAAAAAUCAGUGAGAGGCAACGCUUCACUCCGCCUCGGUCUAUUUUUUGAAUAAUGUAAGUGACUCCGCCUUCGUCUAUUUUUUGAACAAUUUAAGUGGCAACGUCGCAGUAAUCAGCUCGGCAGAAAUUUAUUUUGGGAGGUAUAAACAAUUGGGGUCGUAGACAUAGCUUCAAACUUUGUGGAAAUAAAAAGCUCAGUGUCCUAAAGAGAUUUUUAAAAAUAGCUGGAUUUCGAUUAGCACGGCGACUACAUCUGAGACCCUUAUGAAAUCUAAAACAACACGGAAAACGAGAUUAAUUCAAACGAGUAUCACCCUGGUGAUGACAGUGAAAGUGCUUUCUUAAAAUUAAUUGCGCUGGGACUUUUAAAAGCUUUGAAUCAAUUCAAAUCUUACGCAAGGAGAGUUUGUAACAGUUCGCGAGAUUGUUUGUUUAUUUAGGUCGGGUCUUGUCUCUCUCCGGGCAAACCUGACUGCCGGCCACCAUGAAAAACUACCCGCGUACGCGGUAAAUUUGAGAAACGGUGUCAUAAACUGCGCAGAUUGCACGCGGAGUGAAUAUCGGACUUUCUUUUAUAUAUAUUUUCGAGCGAAUUCACCCUAAAGUGUAACAAAUCAGUUGGCUACAUUUUUCGCAACAAACCAUUGGAGAGGGAAUAGCGCACGAAGCGUUUUGUAUAAUUUUUAUGGAGUGUCGACCUGUGUCGCCGCUGCGUUACAACGAGGCAAGAAUGCAAUGGAGAUGGCAAUGAAAAUUGGAACAUAAGAAACGCCUUCAAAUGGAUGAUUAUACAUCACAGCACAACCAUCAAGUAUGUAAAAUUGUAUCAGUAAAAAAUGAAGGCUCGUGCAAAGACAUACA